AUGGUGGCCCCAUUUCCUUUGGCGAAAUUGUUGACUUUGGUAAUGCGACAAACUGCAAAGCCAGUCGCCAAAGGAAUUAAAUCUUUGGCGAGAAAGAGCGCUGUAUUCAGGAAAUAUGUUUGCGUGCUACCCGCCCAAACUUAUCAUUGGAUGGAAAUGAGUGUAAAGAUGCGGUUUCUUGGCCAUAAAGGAGUACCAGAGAUUAAACCAUUGAAUGAACGCAGUGCUGUUGAGCUGGGUGCUGAAGCCCUUGCCGAGGGCUUGGUCCUUGGCAUAUGUAUGACUCUCAUAUGUAUUGAGUUUCGACGAGGUAAACUGAAAGAAGCUCGUAAAGAGAAGGCAAGUUUAGAUGAAAAAAUUGCAUUGAAAAAACAGGUAGAGGAUUUGGAAUUGAGGAUGGAUGCUUUUUCAGCAAAGUUUGAAGACAAAGCAAGUAAGGAUAGCAAAGAAUAA